CAUCAAUUAAUACAUAUGUAAUGAUUUGGUCUUAUCAUCUCUCUCUCUCUCUCUCUCUCUCUCUCUCAGAACCACCCCCCAUCCUCCCCAACUUUUAUAUAAACCAAUAGCAGGGUCACCAAGGAGCCAGCUUGUUGCAAGAAGAGAGCUUCAUCUUCAUACACACCAAGAAGCAACAACACCAUAGGUAGCUCUAGCUAAGCUAGGUUUAGCAUCUAGACAAAAGGGCAUUGGCAAUGGCAGGCUUCUCACACCUCCCACAGCAGAUGGAGCAUGGCCUCAUCACCAAUGGCUUCCUUUUCUGCCAUGGCCAUGGAGCAUCAACCACAGCUUCAGCAGCCAUCCAUGAAGAUGCCUCAAUGGAGACCUCAUCUGUGGUUCUUGAUCACACUUCUCCACAGGGCACUGCUUCUGUGGACAAGAAGAGGAAGCCUAGGGAAGAAGACAGUGCUAGCCUCAACUCUGCUCACUCCAAGGAGGCAAAGGAAAGCAGCAGGAAGAGGGGAGGGAAGAAACACAACAGGGACCAGAUGGAGGAUGAUGCACCUCAGGGAUUCAUCCAUGUCAGGGCAAGGAGAGGGCAAGCAACAGAUAGCCAUAGUCUUGCAGAGAGAGUGAGGAGAGAGAGGAUCAGUGAGAGGAUGAGGAUGCUGCAGGCACUGGUUCCUGGCUGUGACAAGGUCACUGGGAAGGCUCUCAUUUUGGAUGAGAUCAUCAAUUACGUGCAGUCCUUGCAGAACCAAGUUGAGUUCCUUUCCAUGAGGAUUGCCUCUUUGAGCCCUGUGCUGUAUGGGUUUGGCAUAGACAGUGAUGCUUUCAGUGACCACUCUCAGAAGAUUGAAGGAAUGUUCCAUGAGGCAGCUGCAAUACCAGCCUCUGUCCUGAACAGGGCUAGCCCAGCUCAAUCUCAGUCCAUCAUGGACACAUCAAACACCUCUCGUCCUACACCCUACUCACUUCAAGUCCAGGGAGGCAACUCUCAAUCCCAGGACAAUGGCAGCUACAUUAUGCAAACAGUAGGGGAGCCAAGGCAAGAACUGUUCAAUCAAGUGGUGCUCAAUAAUUACAUGUGCUCUUUCCAGUAGGGUGGAGAGGUUGAGAGACAAAAGCUAGGAGAGGGACCCUACAUUGACAAUAGGAGGGAAUAAUAAUAUGAUUCGAUGGUUGUGGAAGCACCAGAUGAGUUUGAGAUGUUGGAUCUAGUCCAUCCCCUUGUCUGGUUUUGCAUGCAGUAAAAGAGUUGUACUAGAGGCUAGGAUCAAGUUAGCAGUAGUCUUCUUUGCCAUUUCCAUUGUACUCUACUUAGACAAAAGCAAGCGACCAUUUGUUCAUAUGAAAGGGUCACUGAAUUUCUGCUGUCUCAAGAGCGAUGUAACAACUCUCACACUUCUCUGAAUCUUUGCAACUUUUUCACCAGAAAAAAAAAACUGAUUCUUUACGCCAGUAAAUUAGCAACAACAACAUACCUCAACACGCAUACCUACCUACCUACCUGUUAAUCCUGAGGAAGGAGUAAAUGUUGCUGUGCAGUUAGGUACUGGUCCCUGGAUGAACAUUUAUCAGCUAGCCUUGGAUCAGAUUCUUCUUCAGAUUGGGCGCUGUACCUUGCCCAACUGAUUGUCUGACGCUAAAUGCAAGAUCAUGC